AUAUGUGUACAGUGAAAAGGCCAGGAUCGUUUGUUUGGAUUCGGUAGAACAGAUGGAAAUACCAGAGAAAAAAGGUAAACUGAGCGAAGUUUUUGAAUACUUUAUCACAUCUCUCUUCUAUGAUCUCCUGGUCGGUGAAUUUAACGGCAUGGCAGUGUGUAUGAGCAGAGCAGGGGAGAAUGAUGUGAACAUGUCGGUACUGAUUUCUGAGUUGGAAUAUGAUGAGGCGAACGAAAUUCUCAAGAAUCCGAGUUGGCUUGUGCGGGAAUAUAAGUUUAAAAAUUGGGAUAUCGAAACAAAGUCGGAAACUGCAAAUAGCAAGAAGGAGUUGGAAGAUAAAAUUGACACAUGCGAAGAUACUGAUGAAAAGGAAAACAUGGAUCCUACUGCAUCGAGGGAAAAUGAUAAUAACACGAGAAGAGAACAUAAGACUGAGAACAGAAAGAUGGAGCUGGGUGAAGAUACAUAUGACGCAGGAGAAGAGGCUGAGAUCGGAUACGAGACGGACGAAUACCGAACGGUAGAGAUGGAAGUAAGUGGAGUAAACAGAAAAAACAAAAGCAAGAAGAAUGUAUUCAGGAAAGUCAAAGACAAGCUCAAUGGAUGGUUCAGGAAGGAAAGGAAGGAAAACAGUG